AUGGCUGCAGAUCAGCGAGCUGCGGCGAGCGUCCGUGCUUCCAUGGACUUUAAUGGGCCUUUGAAUGCAUUAUCUACAUCACCCAACAAUCAUUUGAUUGCUGUAGGAGGAAGAGAUGUACUCAAGGUAGUAGCGCUGGAAGCCGCUGGUUUUACCGAGAAGCGCAAUCUGCGUGUAGUAGUAAAACCAAGUAUUAAUUUCAGUACGAACGAUAUCCGGUGGCAUCCACAUUCGGACUAUUUAUUGGCCACGGCAGCAACAAAUGGUGCAGUCGUGAUAUGGAACUUGGAACGAGAUGGCUACAAACAUGUUCAAGAGCGUGUAUUGAAUGGACAUCGACGUGCGGUGAAUCGCAUUUGCUGGCACACGACGGACUGGAAUGUGCUUAUUAGUGGCUCUCAGGACGGAACAGUAAAGCUUUGGGACAAACGAGGUGGAAAAGUGAUCUCGACAUACCAGCCAAAGUCGGAAAGUGUUCGUGAUGUUCGUGCGAGCCCGUUUCAUCCCAAUAAGUUUGCUGCUGCGUUUGAAAAUGGAAUCGUACAAGUCUGGGAUAUGCGAAAAAACGUACAACCCGAACUCAAGUUCACGGCUCAUAAGGGCUUGGUACUAAGUAUUGACUGGCAUCCAACUGAUGCUAAUGUGCUGGCCUCGGGUGGACGUGAUCGCUAUGUAAAGAUCUGGGAGCUGGGCGAUGUUCGACAGCCAAAACAGACAAUUCAGACGAUUGCAAGCGUCGGUCGUGUGGCUUGGCGGCCGACAUGUGUGACGCAUAUUGCCACCAGUGCAUCACUAAUGGACAAUAGCAUUCACGUUUGGGAUACAAAGAGGCCAUUUAUUCCCUUGGCAUCGAUGAAAGGCCACUUAGACAUUGCAUCGGGCAUUUCUUGGAUGGACACACCCGUGUCAGCAAACUUUGGUCAGCCUGAUAUUCCAGGAGAAUGGGAUGGUCAUGACUACUGGCAACACAUGCUAGCAUGCUCAAAGGACGGAACUCUAAAGCUCCAUUCUCUUGCAGACUCGUUUAAGCCUCACCAAUCGCUACCAACUACGGCACUAGCGCUAAACUCAAAAGGUCAAGUUGCCUUUUCCCAUGAAUACAUUGACCGAUCAUGUGCAUCUCUCAAAAUCCAUCGUCAUUUUAGCCUGGACAGCUCACUAUUUACGGUAUCUGGGAUUUUGUCUGCGUCUCCAUCUCUUGGCUCCUUUAAUGGCGAUCGAAAGCCUGGUAUCGGUCCGUUAGCUAUGUCGCUAAGUCCCUUUCAUGGCAGCUCAGAUUGUCCAGAAGAUGCUGGUGCAACGCAGGACCACUCAUCGGCACGUACGACGGCCUGGUCAUUUGGAGGAGGUCCACAGCAACCACCUUUACCACCUAAAGGCUUACAUAGAUCUAGUGGGAGCAGUGCAAACCUGGGGACUUUGUCCAAUGGAUCUGCAACUGCAAGUGCCGAUCUCAGAUUUGUUGGGGGAAAUGGCAGCCUAAAUGCGGCAGCUGGAGCAAGUCUUGCAGGAAUUGCUAGAUGCACAGGCUCCACGACUUUUUCCCAGCCAACGCUGCUCAAUCUACAGAGCAGUAACGCUAGUGGAAAUGCUGCCGCACUUUUAGACGGCAUAUCAGCUACGCUGAUGUCCCCAUCACCCGUUAGCGCAAUGAUGUCUGGGUCAAAUGUGCCUCGAGCUUUAGUCGCUCUUGUGACGAUGCAAAAUAUAAACAAGGCCAGCCAGCUCGAGAAAAUUUUCCUUGGCUACGAAAGCGAGUAUAUUGAAGCUGGAAAGCAAGUGGAAAUAAUGCGCGCGCAGUUCGAACAAGGCCAGUACUUGAAAGAGUCGUUUGGCUUUGACGAACACACAUUUCGCUUUCUUGCCAGACAUUACUUACUCUUUCCAGAGGGAGCUAGCGUUGGCAUGGACUGUACUGACAAUUCAGGUAGUGCUGGAGGUAGUGGCGACCAAAUGUUGACAAGAUCUGGUAUAAACUUUUCGGAAAUGUGCGCGCAUAAUGCUUUGGCUGCAUUUGUCACGGGCAAUGCACAUUUGUGUCAGAUGUGGCGUAUUCUUGAGGUCCUUUACACGACCGAGAAAGCUGGGGAUAAGGCUAAGUCUAGUGGAAGAAUGGACACCAGCAAACAUUAUCCUGGCGACUUCAGCCCACGAGAUCAAGUGGGUAUGUCAAUGGAUGGCGAGCUUAAUGAAGACAACGACGCAAUGUUGCCAGGUGAUUCCAAUCAUGACGACCCACGGAAUAAUAAGUUCAUGGGGGGAGAAGGUCGACGACAUGCAAAUGAGUUUGGAAAUGAGGAUUACGGUCACACGAAUCUCAAUAACGCGAGCGAGACAGCGAUGCUACUCGAACAACUCGACCACGUAAACCCACAAGCUAUGGAAGGGUUUGAUCCAUAUCCAUAUGACCCUAUGGGAAGGCUUGCAAACGAGAGCGUACGUGAUGGAGACGAUCGUAAUGAUCCAUCUGGGAUUGCAAACGUGCGUGGUAAUUCAUCAAUAAUUAUGAAUGGAAGUGCUGUCAUGGGCGAUCUCGGUCAUCUACGUGAUGAUGUGUUGAAGGAACUACUGGAAUAUUACACAGAGAUUGGUGACCUACAGACAUGCGUUACGAUAGCUGUUGUUGCUAGUAAAGUGACAAAUGUUGAAAAGGUGAUGGGGAAGACAUGGUUGCAGCAUAUUUACAUGCACUACAUCGAUCUUCUUCACCAAUUGCAGAUCUACACAACUGCAAACGAGUUGGUUGCAAAUUGUUCCGACCAAUCGAUUCGGCAAAUGAAUAUGAAAUCCACAAGUAUCUACUUUAAUUGUGCCCGAUGCUCGAAACCUCUUGAGUCAGCUGGUCCUAGUGAACUCGGUAUGCCAGUGUUAAUAUGUGCAAGCUGCAGUAAUGCUGCAACACUUUGUUCAAUAUGUCAAUUACCAGUUCGAGGUCUUUACGUAUGGUGUCCAGUAUGUGCACAUGGUGGUCACUUGGACCAUCUGACUGAAUGGUUUGUUCUUGAGACCGUGUGCCCAACUGGUUGUUCCCAUUGCUGCUCAUUAAAUCUCGUGUACGCGGAGGAAAGAUGA